AUGCGAGGGUCUAGUACUCUGAAAAAUCUUCAUAGCGAACGCGCGAUGCUCACACACUCGAAUCUGGCUAAGAAAUCCGCAUUUGAUACAAAUCGCACGAAGGCCACUGAACUGGACCUAAUGCUGAUCUACAAGCAACUGGACCCAGUGCGAGUGAAACUCUGCUUCCCUGGGGUCAACGAACCGUUCACUUUGCUUCAUCUGUUGCGAAUAGCGCGGUGUGCAUCGUCGCCACCAACUCUGUUCGGUGCGUGGUGCACGACGUCGCUCGGCGCUGCCUAG